CUUUUUUCAAGUGGUGAUUUUAUGCAAUGGCAUCAAGCCACAGUUCUUCACCAGUGCCUCAGUCAAACAGCAGUGAUGCUUUCUUUAAAAAAGAAAUGGAUGCCACGAAAUGCUUUCGACCUGUGCAGUCGCUGCCUGAUGUGUGUCCCAAGGAACCUACAGGCGAUCCCAGUAAUUUAUGUGACAGCCCAUCUCUAGUUGUGGAUCAGCACAGAUGGACUAUUUAUCAUUCCAAAGUCAAUCUCCCAGCAGCACUAAACGAUCCUAGGUUAGCAAAAAGGGAAUCUGAUUUCUUUACAAAAACAUGGGGAGUGGACUUUGUGGACACUGAAGUCACGCCUUCAUUCUACCUCCCACAGAUCACCAAGGAACAUUUUGCAUUAUACCAACAGGAAAUCACGCCGAGAGAGAAGGUUCAUGAAAGAUGCAAGAAUAUUUGUACUCCUAAAGAUACCUUUGACAGGACUCUCUUACAUACCUACGAUAAAUCCAGGACAGAUCUGGAACAAGUACCUAAGAUUUUUAUGAAACCAGAUUUUGCCUUGGAAGAUUCCUUAACAUUUAAUGCCGUCUUACCAUGGUCUCAUUUUAGUACUGCUGGUGGAAGAGGAAAUCGUGAUGCAGCUUCCUCCAAGUUACUUCAAGAAAAGCUGAGCCAUUAUCUGGACAUUGUGGAAGUCAAUAUUGCCCAUCAGAUUUCUCUGCGCUCAGAAGCAUUUUUUCAUGCAAUGACCUCUCAGCAUGAAUUGCAGGACUACCUCAGGAAAACCUCCCAGGCUGUAAAAUUACUUAGAGAGAAAAUCUCCAAAAUUGAUAAAGUAAUGUGUGAAGGAUCACUUCGAGUUUUAAGACUGUCACUCACCAGAAAUAACUGUAUAAAAGCAUACAAUAAACUGAAAUUAAUGGCUACUGUGCACCAAACACAGCCCACAGUACAGUUGCUGCUAUCCACUUCUGAGUUUGUUGGAGCCUUGGACUUAAUAGCAACAACACAGGAGGUGUUACAGCAAGAGCUUCAAGGCAUUCACAGUUUCCGGCAUCUUGGCUCACAGCUUUGUGAACUGGAAAAGCUGAUAGAUAAAAUGAUGAUUGCAGAGUUUUCAACUUAUGCUCGCAAUGACUUAAAUAGACCCCUAGAAGAUGAUUGCCAAAUUCUAGAAGAGGAGAGACUUGUAUCGCUAGUAUUUGGACUUUUAAAACAAAGAAAGCUAAAUUUUUAUGAAAUAUAUGGUAAUGAAAUGAUUAUUACUGCAAAGAACAUAAUUAAACAGUGUGUGGUUAAUACGGUAUCGCAGAUAGAAGAAAUAGAUACAGAAGUGGUUGUUAAGCUUGCAGACCAGAUGAGGAUGAUGAAUUUUCCUCAGUGGUUUGAUUUACUGAAGAAUAUUUUUUCUAAGUUUACCAUCUUCCUCAAGAGAAUAAAGGCAACGUUAAAUACUAUCCGUAGCGUGGUUUUCUUGGUUCUAGACAAGAACCAAAAAACCAGAGACCUGGAGGACACCUUGCAAAAGAACUCUGCUAAAGACAGCACGGUGGACACGGAAGUGGCUUACCUGACUCAUGAAGGCAUGUUUAUCAGCGAUGCGUUCAGCGAAGGGGACCUCCCACCCGUAGCAGCUGACACUACCUCUCACAGAAACACUUCCCCAAAUAGCGAGCCCUGUAGCAGCGAUUCGGUCUCCGAACCGGAGUGUACUACUGAUUCCUCAUCCAGCAAAGAGCAAACGUCAUCUUCUGUUACUCCAGGGGGAGUGGAGAUGAUGAUCAGUGAUGACAUGAAGCUGACUGACCUGGAACUGGUCAGGCUGGCAAACAAUAUUCAAGAGUUGCUUUAUAAUGCCUCUGAUAUCUGCCAUGAUCGUUCAGUCAAGUUCCUCAUGGCAAGAGCGAAGGAUGGCUUCCUAGAGAAGCUGAAUUCCAACGAAUUUGUUGCUCUUUCUCGCUUGAUGGAAGGCUUUAUCUUGGAUACCGAGCAGAUCUGCGGCAGGAAAAGUAUGUCCUUGCGCGGAGCACUUCAGAGUCAAGCCAAUAGAUUUGUGAAUAGAUUCCAUGAGGAGAGGAAGACGAAACUAAGCCUACUUUUGGACAACGAGCGCUGGAAGCAAGCUGAAGUUCCUGCCGAGUUUCAAGAUCUUGUCGAUUCAGUGUCAGAUGGCAGAAUUUCUCUACCUGAAAAAAAAACAGCAGCUACUGAAGAAAGAAAGCCAACUGAAUUCCUUAUUGUUGAAGGACAAAAAUAUGCAACAGUUGGGACAGUAUUGCUGUUAAUAAGAAUAAUCCUUGAGUACUGCCAGUGUGUGGAUAACAUUCCUUCCAUCGCCACUGACAUGCUUACCCGCCUGUCUGAUUUACUGAAGUAUUUCAACUCCAGAAGUUGCCAGCUAGUGCUUGGGGCUGGUGCAUUACAAGUUGUUGGUUUGAAAACAAUCACUACAAAAAACCUAGCCCUUUCUUCACGUUGCCUACAGCUAAUCGUACACUACAUUCCUAUUAUCAGGGCUCAUUUUGAAGCUCGACUGCAGCCGAAGCAGUUUAGCAUGCUCAGGCAUUUUGACCACAUUACAAAGGAUUAUCACGACCACAUAGCUGAAAUUUCAGCAAAGCUCGUUGCCAUAAUGGAUAGCUUAUUUGACAAACUAUUAUCCAAGUAUGAAGUGAAAGCUCCUGUUCCUUCCGCAUGCUUCAGGAACAUCUGCAAGCAAAUGGCAAAGAUGCAUGAAGCUAUAUAUGAUCUCCUUCCUGAGGAGCAAACUCAGAUGUUGUUUUUACGAAUUAACGCAAGCUACAAACUUCACCUGAAGAGGCAGCUGGCCCAUCUAAACGUGGUCAAUGACGGAGGACCUCUGAAUGGACUGGUGACUUCAGAUGUAGCUUUUUACACUGGAAACCUUCAAGCUCUGAAAGGCCUUAACAACUUAGACCUAAACAUGGCUGAAAUUUGGGAGCAGAAGAGGUGAUAAUCCACCGGGAGCAAUCACUUGGCUCUGACAACAGACCGACUUUCUUCUAAGCAGCGUGACCGACGUGAGGUGAAUACGUAAGACCGGCGUCCAAGAAAGGGCACCAUUGAUAGUCGGGGAAGCUGGACUCAGAGCGAGCUGCAGGGAGUGAUCUUCCCAGCGUCCUUCAGCAAGAAACAAGUGAUCAGCUGUCUGUGCAAUGUUUGUUUUGGGUUUGUUUUUGUUUUUUUUUCAUUCUCUCUGGAAACAGACUCAGGUUUCUUUGGACCAAAUCCAAAAGAACACAUAGCUGUAACACAGCUGUAGUUGUCUAGAAUGCUCUGUAUAUCUUUAUAUUAAAAAGAUGCUUUGCAUUUCUUCUAGUGC